AAUAAGUGAAAAUUAAAAAAUGUCUAGAGGAAAACAAAUUCUAAAUAUGCUAAAUGCCGAUGGUAAGUAAAAUCAUAAUUUAUUUUCCACUGGUAGUGGUAGAAUAUUUUUACUGUAAUCUAAAAUUAUCCAGUUGUUUCUGUAUGUAUAAUGUGUACACAGAAUAAAUAAAAUAAAUGGGAUAUUGUUUUACAGAUGAACAAGAGAAUGUUCGUAUAUAUUGUUCAGAUAAGGAAACUGUAUUAGAAAAUUGCAAUAAAAGAUGUACAAAUGCUGACAAUUACUUGGAAGGGAUUAUACCAAUGCAGAAAACCUUUCCUUCUGAGCAACAUGCCCGAGAUGAGUCUGAGAUGUCCUACGCCAGUAGCGUUGCUGCAUCACUUCCAGAUGAAAUUCAGGAUCUAUUAGAUUUUUCAUCAGAUGAUAGUAUUGCAGAUCCAAAUUUUGUCCCUGCGCAGGAUGAAAAAUAUGAUAGCUUUGCCGCGGACAGCGAUAUAGUAGAAAGAAAAAAAAGAAGAGCCAAUUCAGAAGAAGAUAUAAAUAAUACUGCAGUAGACAAAUAUAACUUAGACGGGAAAGUUCACGAGAAAGUUAAAAAACGCACGAACAAAGAAACGAGAAAAAUGAGACAAGAGAGACGAGAAAAACGAAAUUUUGGUAAGGCGUAUGUUACAAGAACUGGAAAAGAGAUUAAAGAAAAAACUAUGCAAGAACUGAAAUUAUGUAGAAAUAGUGCAAGGAAAAAAUAAAGGACGAAGUUCGCUUGCAACUUUUUAAAGAAUUCUGGGAAAUGGGAAGCUACAAUCGUAGGUUAGAAUAUAUAGCUGCUCUCAUGGAUGUUAAAGAGAAGAGUUCUAUGCGAAUUAGGUGUUCUGACCCAAGCAAACAACGGUACCGACAA